UUUCCUCCAUUGAAAUCAUCGAUUGGAAAUUGCACAAUAGUAUCUUCCGCGUCCCAUGUGGAAGACAUUUGGCCCGAGUGUUGCAUGUUAGAGUUAAAAUUAUAUUGUUACAAACAUUUGACUUGUUUCUUAUUUAAUUUUAAUGAAAAUCAUUGUCUUUAAGUGGAUUGCCAACCCUUCAUUAAUUCCCAGUUUUCUUGCUUUUCCUAUAUAUUCUAUGCCCUUGUUUCUCAUGAAUGUUUCCCUAGUUUUCUCAGCCAACAAGCUGAGGAAAAACCCAAAAUUUAGUCCCCAAUAAAGACCACUUCUUUUACGAGGAUUGCACCUUGAUAUCCUUUCAACCUCCAACAAUGAGUCUUUAUCAGAAUUUGCUUCUUCUUACAGCAAUUUCUGCGUUUCUAAGUAUUGCUUCAGCUUGCUCUGAUGGACAGUGUAAGCUGCUCGACGAAUGCUCUUCGGAUGGAGAUUGCGAGGCUGGACUGUAUUGUUUCGCUUGCCAGCAAGGAUUUUCAGGUUCAAGAUGUGUAAGAUCAACCGUUACAAACCAAUUCAAGCUUCUGAAUAACUCUCUUCCUUUCAACAAGUACGCAUUCUUGACGACCCACAAUGCAUAUGCCAUCGAUGGAUAUCCAUUGCAUACCCCAGUUCCUCGCGUUACCUUUACCAAUCAAGAAGACAUGAUCACCGAUCAGCUCAAUAAUGGAGCCAGGGCAUUGAUGCUUGACACUUAUGAUUUCGAUGGAGAUGUGUGGAUGUGUCAUUCAUUUGGAGGACAAUGUCAUGACAUUACUGCGUUUGGACCAGCUAUAGAUUAUUUGAAGGAAAUCGAAGAGUUCUUAUCGGCAAAUACAGAGGAAAUUGUUACAUUAAUCUUGGAAGAUUAUGUUGGUCCAAAUGGGUUGACAAAGGUGUUUACUGAUGCUGGAUUGAUGAAAUACUGGUUUCCAGUGUCAAACAUGCCCAAAAAUGGUGAAGACUGGCCUCUAGUCAGUGACAUGGUGGCUAAUAACCAAAGACUACUUGUCUUCACCUCAAUUCAGUCCAAGGAAGCAAGCGAAGGAAUUGCUUACCAGUGGAACUACAUGGUCGAAAAUCAAUAUGGGGACGGCGGAAUGCAAGCAGGAAGUUGCCCGAACAGGGCAGAGUCGUCAGGUCUAGACGACAAGACUAAGUCGUUGGUAUUGGUAAAUUACUUUCAUUCAAUGUCAAGCAAAGAGAAGACAUGCGAGGACAACUCUGGAGAUCUUAUUAACAUGCUUCGUACUUGCUAUGCGGCUGCUGGUAACCGUUGGGCUAACUUUGUUGCUGUUGAUUAUUACAAGAGGAGUGAAGGAGGAGGAUCAUUCCAAGCUGUCGAUACUUUGAAUGGGAAGCUGUUAUGUGGAUGUGAUGAUAUUCAUGCAUGUGUGGCUGGAUCAACUUCAGGUGCCUGCACACCAUAAGGUGAAUUCCAGGCAGAGGAUGUGGCACAAGAUUUCAGACUACAUCAACAUUUUAAGCACUGAAUUCACUCUUAUCGUAAAAGUACAAGUUGUAGACAUAUACAUAAAUAUAUGUAUGUAUGCUGAGUUCCAUGAAUUUAAUAAAAUUUACAAAUGGAAUUUCAAUCUGCUCUUA